AUGGCCCCUUCGCUCACUGAGCACCUCACCUCCCUGCGCACCGCCCGCCCGUACGCCGCCGCGACCCAGCACCCGUUCCUGCACGCCGCCGGCACCGGCACGCUCCCCGCCUCGACGCUCUCGCUCUACAUCGCCCAGGACCGGCGGUACGCCGCGCACGCCUACCCGCGCUUCCUCGGCCAGCUCCUCGCCCGCGUCCCGUUCGACACCGCCGUGAACGCGCCGCGCGACCCCGCGGAGCGCCUCGCGGGCGUGCUCUUCGACGCGCUCGCGGCGGUGCGGGACGAGGUCCGGCUGUUCGACGCGCUCGCGGGCGGGAGGAUCCCGCCGCUGGGGCGCUGGCCGGAGCGGCGCGCGACGCGCGCGUACGCGGCGGAGAUGGCGCGCGUCGCGGCGUGCGGCUCGCUCGAGGACGGGCUCGUGUUCCUGUGGGCGAUGGAGCGGGUGUACCUUGACUCUUGGAAGUACGUCAAGAGCCUGCACAGCACAGAGGUGCAGGGCACCAGUGUGAUUGCACCUGUGGUUGCAGAGCUGGCUGACCACUGGACCUCUCCUGAGUUUGAGCAGUUUGUGGAGAUCCUUGAGGGCUUGGUGAAUGACUGUGGAAUCACACCUGUAAUGGCUGCAUUCAGAAGGGCUGAGGAGAUUUGGGCAAGGGUGAUUGAAUUGGAGACAGAUUUCUGGCCAGAUGUUACAGAGGGUGAUCUUAACUAG